UUCUCCCCGUCCCGAUUGUAGAGUAGCGGCGCCAUGCGUGGCGUGGGCUGGCCCAAGGGGCCCUGGGCCGCAGGGCGGAGCUUGAGCCGCUACCUGCGGCGCGUCAGGUCGCCCGGCAACGUGGCGGACGCUGCCGGGAUGGCCUCUAAGAGCGGCAAGAAGAAGGAGCUCGGGAGUCGCAGUAGCUCCGGGAUCCUGGGUGUCUCCGCCAAAGAUGUACCAAUCUACCACGUAGGUGCUUCAAGAUUUCCCAUUUGGCCAGAAUGGAAUGAAGCUGACAUCAGUGCAGAAAAAUGGGAUUCUGCAAAAGUUGGAAAAGAGAAAGAAAAGGCUGGGAAAAGUCCUAUCUCUCUUGUCUUUGAUGAUCCUGAAGGAAAAAUAGAAUUGCCAGCAUCCUUAAAAGUACAUUCGUGGAAACGACCACAAGAGUUUUCAGCAAAUGAGACUCCUGUGGUGGUCAAAAAUGAGAUCUCAUGUGACCUUUUUUCAGCAAAUGAACAUUUAUUUUGUAGUGAGCUGAUGCGAUGGAUUAUAAGUGAGAUUUGUGCUCUCUGGAAAAUAUCUAAUGAAAAGAUCUUAUCUAUUGGAACAUCCGCACUGUUUUGGAGGCCGUGGGAACAUAUUUAUCCCUCCACUAAAACUGCUAAGGGACACAUGCCUCUGUACAAUAGCUAUGGAAAAUACGUAGUGAAACUGUAUUGGAUGGGCUGCUGGAGAAAGAUCACUGUGGAUGACACUAUGCCUUUUAGCGAAGAGGGUAAUUUGUUACUGCCAGCUACAACAUGUCAAACUGAACUUUGGCCAAUGCUGCUGUCUAAAGCUAUAAUUAAGCUGGCAAAUACUAGUUUACGUGAAAAUGAGAAAAGAGAGCUGGAGGAAUUUACAGUUCUACAUGCACUGACUGGGUGGAUACCAGAAGUUAUUCCUCUCCAGCUUGGAUACUUGGAUAAAGUCUGGGACCUUCUGAAAAUGAUUGUGCCAGAAUUUAAGUGGACAGAUGAGAAUACUUCUCAGGCAAAUACAAAACCUAAGGAGGCCAAAGUCUCAGUGUUGAAAAAUGAAAUUUCAUCUGUGAACAAACAGCCAGAUAAACCUGAGAAAGCAGAGAAAUCUGACAAAGAAAAAGCAGAGCAGAAGGAAACCGGGAAGAAGAAAAGUAGAGAUGGAGAAAAGGAAAAAAACAAGUCAGUGCUUCAUGCUUCAGAACCAUCAACAGAAGUGCAGUGUUCUCCUCAAUCUUUAGCAGAGAGUUCUUCUGUGCCAACCCAUCCAGAAAUGGCAGUCUAUGCUGUUUGUAUACCAUUACAUUUGUCUGAAGAGAAGAUUUUUUCCUUAGUUCAGAUGACUGAUUCUUCAGAGAAGCUGAGACAGUAUGGGCUUUCACAAGCAUACAGCCAUCCUGUCUUGGUCACUAGAACUAGAUCCUGCUCCCUGGAAGCCGCAAAGCAACCAGCAUUAACAGUUGCUCCCUGGAAGCUUUUCCGUCAGAAAAAAACAACUGUUGCAAAAUCUGAACCUCAAGAACCAGUGUUAGAGAAACCUGAACAAUAUGUUGAGAUUGCUAGCCUUUUUUUAAAUCAUAAAUUCAGUCCUAUCAAAAUACCCAAAGAUAUUUCCUUCACACAGUCUACCAUCCAAAAAGGAUUUCAUUUGAUGACCCACCUCCCUUCUGUCACUGAAAGCAAUGAAAAUGUAGAUGACAGUAAUAUGGAAAUGAAUCAGAGUGGGAGACACUCAAAUGUGGAAGAUUAUUCUCAGGAGCAGCAUAAAACAGAGAGACGCACUGGAGAGGAAUUGCAUGAGAAUUUUAGUUCUAAUGCAAAACAAAUGUCAGAAACAGCUGAUGCUGUUAUGAACAGCAACGCAGUGGAUGAAUUAAAGGAAGAAAUCAAGUCAGAAAAAACUUCUGUUUCCAAGGAAACCUGGAUUAGCGUUGAGGACUUCUGUGUUUGUUUCCAGAACCUAUAUGUUUUUCAUAACCCACAUACAUAUGCUUAUAACUAUCAGAAGACAGAUUUUAAGUCAACUGAUGAUCAAGUCUCCUAUUAUUUACUUGUGGACAGUCUGACACCUGUUGAAAUUCUGGUUAGUUUUUCUGCACUCGUAUGCUGGGAUGACACUGCAGCUGCUAAACGAGAAGGAUCUAGUAUUUCAAAGGCACUGCUGAAGGUUGAACAUUUCUCUUGGAAAUGUGUGAAUCCGGGGGAACUUGUGCUAAAGAUGCAUACAUACGCAACCAAAACUACUGUGUUAAAGCUCCCUGUUGGACGACACGUACUUCUCUUUACAGUAAGUUCUGCUGUAGGGCACCAUAUUCAUCUUUGUAGCAUGGUGCCCUGUGUCUUUGGAGAAGAGGAUGCUGUAAUGCGAAAUCUCGAAAAGGAGAGCUACCGAUUUAUUGGGCAGGCUAUUGCUAUCCUGAAAGCUAUUGGAAAUGUGAUUAAUAAUUUCAGCAGUAAGCCCAAACUAUCUGAAGCUCUGAUGGAUUUGGAACUAACUCACUGUCCUCCUGGCAUCCAUGGUACUGAAAUAGCUGAAGAACAUUUUAAGGUUUUCAAUAGUGCAUUAUGGUCUUUGAUCAAAUAUGUAUUGGACAAGAAGAUGCCUCAUAAGUAUAAAUUUGCCUUCAGGUCCUUCACUUUAGAUUUUAAAUGCACUGAUCUACUUGAGGAUGACAGUGUGUCUUCAGAGAGUUGUGAAGUAAAUUCCCUAAGUAGCUGUCAGAAAAGAAUUCCCACUUCUGAAGAAGAAGCAGCAGCUCUUAAACUCCAAGCUGUUUGGAGGGGGGUUUAUGUGAGGAAAGUACUGAACAGCAGAAAACCAGGUACUAAGGAAAACAUUGCUGUAAAAGAAAUCUUGCAAAAAUUGUGGACUUCAAUUGAGUUAAAUUUUGAACAGUGUGCUGUAGUGCUGUUAAGAGAAAUGUUUAAAAGAAACUGUAACUCAUUCAAAAAUUUCCCUUGUUAUGAAGAUGAGUGGUGUAAGAUUUCUUUCGCUGACUAUGCUGUAACAUAUUCUGAUCAGCCACCAAAUAUUUGGUUUGUGGUUUUUAGAGAAAUAUUUUUUGUCCCGGAAGACAUGCUCAUAGUGCCAAAGAUGUAUACCACUAUUCCUUCCUGUAGACUUCAUGUAAUUGAUAAUGACACACUGGAGGAAAUGCCACAUGUCUUUUUGAAAGUGGCACCUCAUAUUUACCCCAAAAAUAAGAAAGGAUAUACAUUUAUGGCUGAAGCACACACUGGUAACCAGUCUUUGACAGCUGGAAGAUGGAGGCUCCGACUCAUCAGUUCCCAUAGUCCUCUCCCAUUCCUCUCUCGUGAGGCUGUAAAUAAUGUCUAUUCUACUAAAGAAAUCACAGAGUAUUACAUCCCCAACGACAAAUGUGUAAUGUUCAGGUAUUUAGUGAAAGUCACAACAUCACAUAUUGCUACAGUGCAGGUACAAACCUCUAAAUCAGACGUGUUCAUUAAGCUACAAGUCCUAGAUAACGAGGAGGAAAUUGUAAAUGUCACUGGAAAGGGCCAUGCAGUCAUUCCUGCUUUUAAUUUCUUGAGUAAUGAAACACUUUUGAGUUCCCGACCAAGUAAAAGCCAGAUUAUUCGAAGCGUUGGAAAGAAGGAAUCAGAAAGUGGAUUUAAAAGAAGAAGUCAUGUUUCAGCUCCAAAGGAUACCAAAAGUUCUUUCAAGAGAGGAAUUUCCCAAGAACGUCUGUCUGUGUUAGAAGAAGAAUCUUUCCCCUUGGAAAACUUUGAAAAUAAUCAGGGAAGUCCACAACAAUCUCACAGGUAUAUCUUACAGGCAUUGGUGUUAUAUAAUAGUUGGCCACUCACUGAGAGCCAGAUUCUGUUUGUCCAGUCACUGAAAGAAACAGAGAAAACUGAACUCAAAGCACCUGGGCAAAAGCUUGAGGACCACAGUUUUCACCUAAAGCUCUAUCAUUUUGAAGGACAAAGGUCUGCAAGUAUUCCAAAAUCAACCAAAAAAUUGAAAGAUAAAGCAACUGAGAAGUCAGAAAGGGAGAAGUCCAAUAAAGAAAAAGGAUCACUUAUGUCUCUUGUAUUUCAACCUGAAUUUCAGCAAGAUGCUAUAAACAAACCAUACUGGACUUUACGUCUCGUUAGUGAGCAGAGAGAGAUGGAAAUUCUGGAGGUGAAGAGAGACACACAGCGAGCAGAUGAGAUCAGAGCCAUGAAGCAAGCAUGGGAGUCUGCAGAGCCAGGAAGAGCUGUCAAGGCUUUUCAGGAACGCAUGCAAUUUAUUAAUAAGUAUGUUGCGAAAGAUUCUGAGGAGCCCAUAGCUGGGAUGGACAUUGCCACUUUAUCAUCCAAAUCAAAAGAAAGAGGUUCUUUUUCUCUUACUGUGGAAAAGGCAGCAUCACAAACAGCAAACGACUCAAGUUUACCAAUGGAGCAAAAGAAGUGGGAGCCUAUAGAUCUUAGUCCUUACAUGAGAAAAACAACGUCUGAAUCCGUGUUAAGAAAUGAAUCUAUAAUUCAACAGCAAGAGAAAUGCAAAGUGGAAAAAAUUAACCAUUUUAGGCAACUUCGAGAGCUGGCUUUGGAACAAAGAGAAAUGGAUCAACAUGCUAGAGCUUUGUUGAAGCAAAAUUUGCUUGAAAUGUAUGAGAAUCUACAGGCAUCCUUAGAUGAAAUGCGAGGCAGAGUUCACAGCAUUCGGGAAGCAUACAGAAGCAAGCUGUUAAAGGCUGAACUCAGAAAACGUGAAGAGCUGGCAGCUCAUGAAGCAAUGCUGCAAACAGAGCAAGAGAAGAAAAGCCAAGAUGCACGCCAAAAAAAGCAAGGAAAAGGUUUGGGGAAAAGAAAGCAGUAGGAAGUACUACAGAAUUUAACUUAACUGUUUGGGAAAUUAAAUUUAUAUGCCAAGAUUAAAAAGACUAAUUGCUAUUUUCCAGUGUUUGUGUCAAGUGUAUCACAUUAUAUCUCUCUGCUUGGCUCUACCAAAAAAAAUUGAUCUAGAAUUCUUUUAACACAGUAUCUGAUAUUUUGCUUUUUGUAAGUGGUACUCUUUGCUAUUAACUUUUGUACAUUUUACUGGAAAUAAAAUUUUGCAACAGAUAUCUAUACUGUAUUCCAUUUUCUCCCACAAUCAUGCUCUUAUCCUGCUUUUUUCCAGCCAAUCCAGUCAAAAACAAGCCGGAGUUGUUACAGUGAAUGUAACCUAUCAGUUUUUUAAGUCAUUAAUUAAAUAGUAGCAUACCACAUAUCUCAUAUGCAGUCAUUAGAAGGCUUCCCAAAGCCUGCUUUAAUAGACACGGACUAUCCCUGUACCAUAGUAUUUGUUCUCAUUCACAUGUGGCAUCAUUCUGAUAAGUGAUUUUGAAUCUCACAGUAACUCUCUGUAGUGGAAAACUCAUGGCACAAUCACUCAAGGCUUCUCGAAUGCUCCCUAAAAUCCUGUUACUCUCUUUCCUAAGCUUUAUUUUUCCCUACAGUGUCUUUGGAGAAGUGAUUGCUCAGCUGAAACUUAAGUGUUUCUUAAAAGUAGAACCUGUAUGUGAAUGAAGUGGCAAUCCUGGGCUUUUUGCAUGAAGGAUAAAAUACUUCUGCUCAGAAUUCUUAAACUUUUUAGUACUGUCAACAAACAAACAAAAAAAAAAUACAUGUGCAAUAGCUGGCACUCCAUACUCAGAGAAAAUGAUUAGAGCUCUUACAACACUGAAAACUCGUCCAGACGGAGCUGUUAUAAAUGGCUUAAAGAACUCUCUGUCUUCGUAUUCACAUGCAGACGCCUGGGAAGCUAGACUGCCUACAUGUGGUAUACAUACAAUAUGUCCAUUCCACUACCUAGGCAACACUGGAGACUGUGAGUCACCUAUUUAAUACAGAUCACAAGGAAUGUUACCCUUUGUGUCCUGGCCACUGAUACUGGGUAGCCAUCACAUUUGAAACUAGUCUUUCUUCUGAAUCGUAAUGACACACCAGAGGUUCAGCUUCUGCUGGUCUUGCUCACCUCCGUUUUAUUAGAACCUCACUGCUUGACUUGAACUUGACUCAUUUCUCUUAUCAGUCUGUGAUGUCUGUUCUUUGUACACUGCCACACCUACACACCUGCUGUGAUGCUUCUUCCUUCAUUUGGCCUCCUCCCUCCCGUAAAACAUAAACUAAACUCACUGGAUUGUUUUUGUGUUUGCAAAUAAAGGACAGAAACCAGAAUCCUAAAACUGCACUGGUGAUGUUUAUUUCAAAGAGCAGGAGUUAGGUUUUGCUUUGACCCAUACGGGCUGCAAAUAAAAAGCCUGUCAGUCUUGUGCUAUAAUUGCUCUGACUUUGUCCUCUCUAUUUUGGAAUAUGGGCUAUACUGCUUCGUAAUAUUCCAACUUGUUUCCAUGGCAAUAGCACGUGUUGGUUGUCUUCUUAUGUGAAUCUCUAAUGAGCUUCUGUAGAGGAAGAUCAAGCUGAAGUUCUGUUCUUGAUGUCACUGCAAGUGCUAUAAUGACAUUCUGUUGUAAAAAUCAGUCCAAUUCCAGAAGCCAGCAUAAUUGACAUCUAAAUGUCAAAAAAUGCAGCUAAUAAUCUGCAUGAUCACAACAGUUAUAAACUGACUUGAACUCAGACACAGUGUACUCAGAUCUGUAUUAACAAAUCUAGUAAUUCUGCUGUUAUUCACAAUUCUAAGCUUCAUAAUUUCCUCAUUAUAAAGAAUAAUGUGGCAUAGUCAGAAUCUGCUGUGUCUCUGUUGGCUUAUUUGUCUAUUCAAUGAUGUGGGUGUGAUGAUUAAAAGGUCACACCGUUUAGUUGCAUGUACUAUGGAGCAUGCAGUGUUUUAAGAAAAGCACAGUUGUGGUUAUUAAAUCCCUGUGAAUAGUCCAGAAAAACAAAAACAAAGAUACAAACAAACAAAAAACAACCAACCAAACAAAAAAGCCAACAACAAAAAAUCCACAUAUUCUGUAGUGGAGCCAGGAAGACAUUUGGCCUUGUCCAGAUUGUGCCAAAGAGUUCAUAUACACUGGACCCAGAAACAGGCAAUGAAUGGAAUUUCUAAAAGCUCAGUUUUACAUCAACACAACAGCUUACAUCGUGCACUACACUGCAGGCUGAGUCAGUGGGUAGACGAGAACAAAAAUUACAACAAAACACGCCUAUAUUUCAAAGAAACUCUCUGGAAUAAUACAAGAAGCCAUCGUGUUUAGCACUUUACUGUAAGGAAGACAAGAAAAAAUAUCAGAUGUGUAUAAAAUGAGGGGUUUUUUGCCUCUCAUUUUUAGUCUAAGUUGUCCUAAAGUCAAACU